AUGGAACAUAUUCUUGAUAGCAAGUUGAUGAUUGCGAAACUAGUAGACGAAAAGAAGGAACAAUUCUUGUCGUACAAAUACUACAAAUAUAAAUUUGAAGAAAGCUCUUUGUGUAAUGCAAAAAUGAUAAACGAAUUGAAGUUGAUGCAAAGAAUGUUGAAUGAAAGAAAAGCAACGUAUGCAGAACAAAACCAACGCCUAGUGUACAGAUAUGAAAGUGCGUUUGAUAUAAUGAAAACAGAAGUAUGUAAGAAAGAUUCAAAAAUCGCUCUUCUGAAAGCUGAGUUGGAUAAAUCAUUGAUGAAGGAGAAUGAACUCGGUAAAAUCAUUAAAAUGCAGACUGAAAUAGUCAAGACUUGUGACAACUACAGAACAAAGCUUAAAGAAGCUAAAGAAAGAGAAUUGAGAAGUAAGCAAGAGUUAUUGGAAUGUCAAACAAAACAUGCUGUCGAUGUUCAAAAAUAUGAAAGUGUUAUCCAAACAUUGAAUAGGAAAGACAAAGAUUUAACAAAGGAGACACAGGAGAAAGAUUCAAAAAUCUAUCUUAUCGAAACUAGGUUAGAAGAUGCUUUGAUAAGAGAAGCAGAGCUUAAAAAUCGCAUUGAAGAACAGAGUAUCUUUGCAAAAGCUGAGAACGAACUCAAGACGAAACUUAAAAGAGCUGAAGAAAAGGAACUGCAGAGGAAACAGGAGGUGCUUGAAUAUCAAACCAAACAUGCAGCCGAUGUUGAUAAAUAUGAAAGUGUUAUCCAAACACUGAAAAUGGAUUGCGAAGAGUUGAGAAAGAAGGUUGAAGAAAGUGAUCGUUUGAAAGAUGAGAUUUUAACUUUGCGAUCCAAGUUAGAUAUCUCGGAUCAGCUUUAUGAUGACGAGAAAAGCAAGAACGAGUUUGAAAUCCAAGAACUGAAAAUCUUCAAUGAAGAAAAGAUUGGUGAUAUGAUGCGAAUAAAAGAUGAGAAGAUCAUGAGGCAAACCACAUAUGUGGAAAAUUUCCGUGAAGAAUGCAAAGAAUUGCAAGAAAAAUUAGAAGACAAAACAAAGAUGGUGAAAAUGUUAUACAAACAAGUAAAAGACAUAGACUUGAUUGCCCAGGCAGGAAUCACGUGGAAGUCGAAGUAUGAUGAUUUAGUUAAGGAGCGAAACAACAUGCAGGAAGAAUUGCAAAGAUUUAAAAAGCAGAGUAAACUCAUGGAAAAAAAAGUUCCAGAUAAAACGAACGAAAAUUCUGGAGAUGAGAAACUAGUUGAAAAACUGCAAAGUGAAUUGAAGGAGAUUCAAAACAAAAAGAAGAAGUUACAAGACGAGGUAAACAAAGAGAAAAUUGUUGUUAUUGAAUGUGAAGAAUUGAAAAAGAAGAACAUAGAAAUGGCAUCUAUUUUGAAGGAUAAAGAAGAAGUGAUUGUAGAUUUGAAGUUGAAGCUUACAAACCAAGAAAAAGAUCUGUUUACAUUAGAAGCCGAAUAUAAGUCAGCAGAUGAAAAAAUUAAACAGUUUGAAGAAUUGUGCAAAAGAUAUGAGCAAUGCAGUGCUACAGAAAAUGAUGUCGACCAAACGAAAUCUGUAUAUAGUGAUGUCUUUGUAGAAGAAAGGGAAAAGGAGCACGGAAAUGAUAAUUAUGCAAGCGAUUGCUUCGAAGAAGAUGCAAGUGAAAUGGAUAAAAACAACAACUUUUCGUUUUUUUUGGAAGAUGCAAUAAGUGAAGAUGAAGGUGAAGUGUGCGAUGAAUCGGUUAUUGAAGAAAUCUCUGAAGUGUGUGAUGAUGUUGAAAACUUUGAAGUGGAUGAUGUGAUACCAGCUGUUGCUGGUGGUGUUGCUAAAAAUGAAGUUGAAGAAAAUAAAAAUGAUGUUAAAACUGUGGAGAUUGGGGAAAAUCUUCGAAUAGUGGAAGAUGUCCAGAAGCCGUCUAAAAAUUGGAGCAGAAAAAAUCAACCGGAGAGCGUAGUUAAAAUUACGGCAGCCGAUGUUUUUGGAAGUGGUGCAUUUAUAGAAGAUGACGAUCUUGAUGUCGCAAUUGAUGACAUCUUGGGAGCACUUUAA